AUGCCGUCGUUGCUGGCGCUGGCCGUCGGUGCCUUUGUGAUCUACUAUGUCGUCAACACCUAUCUCUGUUUCCGGCGGAACCUGCUUCGUGCCCAACAGUCGGGGAUCGCUUACGUGAAGGCGCCCGUCUACUACAUCAAUCGAAUAUGGCUGAUCACUCAUCGACUGUGGCUGCCCUUGCUGGCGAAGCUGCCGCCCAGCUGGACAGCAUGGGUCGACUUCUGCAUCCCGGACUUCGGCCACCGGCUCAGCAUCGAGGUCUUCCAGCGCGUCGGCGCCGAUACCUUCCUGGUCGUGUCGCCGGGCGGCAUCAUGAUGCACACGGCCGAGCCGGCGGUCAUUUCGCAAAUCACCACCCGGCGGAACGACUUCCCCAAGCCCACGGCCAUCUAUCGCUCCCUGGACAUCUAUGGGAAGAACGUGGUCUCUUCGGAAGGCCAAAUGUGGCGCCAACAUCGCAAGGCCACUAGUCCGCCGUUCACGGAGAAGAACAACCACCUCGUCUGGGCCGAGAGUAUCGAUCAGGCAUCCGCCAUGCUGGGUUCAUGGGUCGGGCCGGAUGGGAAGGGCGACAGGACUGUCGACCGGGUCAUGGACGAUACCAUGCGGCUCAGCUUGUAUGUCAUCAGCAGAGCGGGCUUUGGCAGAAAGCUCGAGUGGCCAUCGUCCGAAGCAAAGGCGGAUGUUGAUGCCGACUAUGUCGACGCAUCCAAGAUCAAGAAUCAGGAGAUCGAUCGUGACGCGGGCCAUUCGAUGAGUUAUACUUAUGCCAUUCAUUGUCUGCUGGAUAAUAUCCUGCUUCAAUUUCUGAUUCCACGCUGGCUCAUGGAGAAGAUUCCUUCGAAGACGGUGAAGAAGGCCAACGAGGCCUAUUUCGAAUGGGGCAACUACAUGAAAGAAGCCGUUGCGUCCAAAAAGAAGAGUCUCGAGGCGGGAGCCGAAGACAAAGAUCAAUUAGACCUACUGGGUCAACUGGUCAAAGGACAGGUUAACUCCGGGAAGAGCAAGGACACGCCUCUGACGGAUUCCGAGAUCCUGGGGAAUAUGUUCGUCUUGAUCCUCGCUGGCCACGAAACGGCUGCCAACUCGAUACACUUUUCGUUGGUGUACCUGGCGCUCUACCCCCAGAGCCAAAGAGCACUGCAGAAAGACCUGGAUCGCAUUUUCCACGGCAGGCCUCCUUCGGAAUGGGACUAUGACCGCGAUCUCCCGGCCUUGUUUGGCGGUAUGGUGGGUGCUGUACUGGCGGAGGAACUGCGGCUGGUGCCACCGGUGAUUGGAAUACCCAAGUCGACCUUUGGAGUGCCUGACCAACCGAUCACGGUCGACGGCAAGCCCUGUACCGUACCCAGCGCCACGUACAUCAGCCUCUGUUCAUCAAGCGUCCAGCGAAACCCGAGAUGCUGGCCGGCCGGCAAACCGACAUUACCGGGUGGCAAGCCCGUCCAUCCUGUUUCAAACGUGGACAAUGAUCUCGAGGAGUUCCGCCCCGAACGCUGGCUCCUAGGCGAAGAGGGCGAACUGCAGACAGCGGUGACGGGAACGAAGGAAGAAAUGCCCACGGAGACCGUCACCACUGACGACCUUGCAAUCAACGAGGCCGCCGACACCUCGGACCGAAUGUACCGUCCUCCUAGGGGCGCGUACGUGCCCUUCAGCGACGGGUACCGCGCUUGCCUGGGGAGGAGGUUCGCCCAGGUCGAAGUCCUGGCCACCCUGGCCGUCAUUUUGCAGACCUAUUCGGUCGAAUUGGCCGUGGACCAAUGGGCUUCAGAUGAGGAAGUAAUCGCAAUGGACGAGGAUGCCCGAGUGGAAGUGUGGCAAAAAGCUGCGGAGCAUGCCCGGGAUUUGAUGCUCAACGGUCUCGGCGUCAUCAUCUCGCUGCAGAUGAGAAAUGGUCAUGUCAGUAUGAGAUUCGUGCCGCGAGGGCAAGAGAAGUUCCCGGAUGAUGUGGAUGAGAAAUGGAAGGAGAAGCGUCCUGAUUUGUGUCGGGGGAUGAAACCCGUUGCUGACUGGAGAUUCUGGGGAUGA